AUGAUGCUGAGUCCGGACCAAGCCGACACGGAGCUGUCGUGGACGCAGUCGGACCCGGAGACGGUGCUGGGCGACAUGAAGGUCGGCUGCAUCAUGUCGGACGAGCCGGCGGAGGGCGGGGAGGCCAAGGCCAAGUCGCUGAGCCAGCCUCCCCUCAGCCGGGAGGAGAAGCGGAGGCGGCGGCGGGCCACGGCCAAGUACCGCUCGGCCCACGCCACCAGGGAGCGGAUCCGCGUGGAGGCCUUCAACGUGGCCUUCGCCGAGCUCCGGAAGCUGCUGCCCACUUUACCCCCGGACAAAAAGCUCUCCAAGAUAGAGAUCCUCAGACUGGCCAUAUGCUACAUCUCCUAUCUCAACCACGUGUUGGAUGUCUAG